ACACCUCCAUGUUGGAUGUUCCAGCUCUGCGGCUGACCACUCUGGAGGAGCUCACUGAAGAACAGCUGAAGACAUUUCAGUCUUACUUGACUAUUGGCUGGAUGUUAGGCUUUCCUCCCAUCCCUAGAGAGCCAGCUGGAGAACGCUGACAGACAGGACACAGUGGAUCAGAUGGUGAAGAGAUACAACCCCAAGAGAGCUGUGAAGAACACACUGAUGAUCCUGAGGAGGAAGCAGCUGGAUGAUCUGACAGAGAAGUUACAGAGAGAUCACGGAGGAGGUAACACAGCAAGACAAUAGAUCUAUCAUUAUACGAUCGGUUCCAUGGUGGGAUGUUAAGAGAUUAUAUUCACACAAGAUCCAUCCUGCUGUUGCUGAGCUGAAAAUGUCAAGUAAAAUGAAAAACAAAAAGCAACUGAAAGCAACUGACUCCAUAAUAACAUUGAAUAGGCCCCUCUUUAAUUUAUUGUGUGUAUCCAGGUGAUGUCAUUGUGAUUAAACAGCACUCAAACUAUCCUACAUAAAAUCAAUAACACAGUGGUUCAGUGGUUCAAAGACACUUACAUUUUUUGUCUUGCCAAUUCACCCUCUGAAUGGCACACAUACACAAUCCGUCUCAACUGUCUCAAGGCUUAAAAAUCCUUCUUUAACCGGUCUCCUCCCCUUCAUCUACACUGAUUGAAGUGGAUUGAACACAUGACAUCAAUAAGGGAUCAUAGCUUUUCACUUGGAUUUACCUGGUCUGUCUAUGUCAUGGGAAGAGCAGGUGUUCGUAAUGUUUUGUACACUAAAAAUGUUUAGUAUUAUUGGAGAUGGACUUUGAGGGUUACUUACAAUGUCUUUCUAUCUGCAGCUCUCUCUCUCUCUCGCUGUACCUCUCUUUCUCUCUGUAGCUCUCUCUCUCUGUAGCUCUCUCUCUCUCUGAAGCUCUCUCUCUCUCUGUAGCUCUCUCUCUGUAGCUCUCUCUCUCUCUCUCUCUCUGUAGCUCUCUCUCUCUCUCUCUCUCUUUGUAGCUCUCUCUCUCUGUAGCUCUCUCUCUCUCUCUCUCUCUCUCUCUCUCUCUCUGUAGGUCUCUCUCACUGUGUAGGUCUCUCUCUCUGUAGCUCUCUCUCUCUCUGUGUAGGUCUCUCUCUCUCUGUAGGUCUCUCUCUAUGUGUAGGUCUCUCUCUCUGUAGCUCUCUCUCUCUCUCUGUAGGUCUUUCUCUCUGUGUAGCUCUCUCUCUCUCUCUCUCUGUAGCUCUCUCUCUGUAGCUCUCUCUCUAAAGGAAAGAAAAUGAAAAUUACUGGUAGUUCUUCUAGUGUGUGUGUGUAUGGAGGCAUUGGGCAGCAAAGACACUGGAAUCCAACAGGACAAAGAUGAACUGUUCACAGUGAGGAGGAGAGGGGAUGGAGACAGAAGAACAGAAAACAGGUAAACUUGACAUGGAAACAUACUUCUAUAUCAGCAAUAUUUUCUAUCUAUUCUGUUGAUUUGAAUCUAGGAAACCCCAAAGCUGUCAGUCCUAGAUCUGGAUGAGCUGUUGGACUGUCCUCCCAUCCUAGAGAGACCACUGAAGAUGGACUGUCCUCCCAUCCUAGAGAGACCACUGGAGAUGGACUGUCCUCCCAUCCUAGAGAGACCACUGGAGAUGGCUAACAGUGUCAACACAGAGGUAGCUGUGAACACCCAGGAGAACACCCAGAGGAUGGACAAGGAGUUGGGAAGAGAAAGGGGUAACAGCUAUACAGCUAAUAUAUUAAUUUGGAACAAACAUCUGGAAGUUGUAUAGAAAAACAUGAUGAUUGAUCUAUAUUUGGUUAUCUUUAGGUUCUCCUCUCUUCCUGGAACACCAUCACAUGGUAAGACCCUCACUGGACUGAGAGAAAGACUGAAAUUAAAAACUAUUCUUCACACUAUUGGUUGAAUUACAGUAUCUAUUGUUUCUACAUUUUAGAGUUCUCCAGAUGAAUUUACACCUGAAAUCCACGAUCAGGACAACAAGGGAGAAUACCGGUAAUUUGAUAUAUUUAAUGUUUCUUAUUGGUAGUUUGUAUAAAAGAAGGACAAUACCUUAAAUCUAGGAAAUCUCAUUAAAAUGAAAUCCUUCAUUGUUUGUUCUACAGGUUCCAGUGCCCCAGUGCAGGUCUGUUCUAGUGCAGUAUAACAGGCCUGGUGUUUAGGAUGGAGGGAGAGGGAGAGGUGCUCUAUAGGACAGUCCCCUGGGACAGGAGGCUUCUAGCCCAGAGUGGCAAGAGACCUGCAGGACCCCUGUUCAACAUUGACUGCCCUCUGAAGUCUGUCUGCCAACUACACCUCCCACACUGUCAGAUUCAUUCUGGUAAGUAUUCAUUUCAAGACCGAGCACGCCCCCAUUCUCAUCGACAGGGCUGUAGUGGAGCAGGUUGAGAGCUUCAAGUUCCUUGGUGUCCACAUCACCAACAAACUAUCAUGGUCCAAACACACCAAGACAGUUGUGAAGAGGGCACGACAAAUCCUAUUCCCCCUCACGAGACUGAAAAGAUUUGGCAUGUGUCCUCAGAUCCUCAAAAAGUUCUACAGCUGCACCAUCGAGAGCAUCCUGACUGGUUGCAUCAGGCAACUGCUCGGCCUCCGACCUUAAGGCACUAUAGAGGGUAGUGCGUACGGCCCAGUACAUCGCUGAGCCCAAGCUUCCUGCCAUCCAGGACCUCUUUACCAGGCGGUGUCAGAGGAAGGCCCUAAAAAUUGUCAAAGACUCCAGCCACCCUAAUCAUAGACUGUUCUCUCUGCUACCGCACGGCAAGCGGUACCGGAGCACCAAGUCUAGGUCCAAAAGGCUUCUUGACAGCUUCUACCCCCAAGCCAUAAGACUCCUGAACAGCUAAUCAAAUGGCUACGGACUAUUUGCAUUGAGGCCCCCCCCCCCCCCCCCCCUCUUUUACGCUGCUGCUACUCUCUGUUUAUUAUCUAUGCAAAGUCACUUUAAUAACUCUACCUACAUGUACAUAUUACCUCAAUUACCUCGACUAACCAGUGCCCCCAAAAAUGGACUCUGUACUGGCACCCCCCUGUAUAUAGCCUCACUAAUGUUAUUUUACUGCUUUUAUUUUUUACUUAUCUAUUGUUUUCUUAACACUUAUUUUUCUUAAAACUGCAUUGUUGGUUAAGGGCUUGUAAGCAUUUCACUGUAAGGUGAACACCUGUCGUAUUCGGCGCAUGUGACAAAUACAAUUGUAUUUUAUUUUAUUUUAUUUGUAUUUUCUAUUGUAAUAUAUCUGAGAAAGAUCUAAAUGUUCUCUUUCUUUCCCAGGUGGUGGAUGUGACUUCCUGUCUGUAGCCCAUGUGACUGAUGACAUCAUUGAGUUUAUCCAUCCUCUUGAGAUAACAGAAACACACAUCAUAAUAAACAUCACUGGAUUCUCUGCUUAUGGUGAUGUCACGGAUGAUGAUGCUCCCAUCUCACCUAUCCAGGGGCUUGUGUUGUUAUUCCACCAACUGUUUGUCCCUGAAGAGAGGUCCAUCCUGAAUGUGUUGUUGCUUCCCAGUAAUGUUGUGAUCAGGGAGGUGAGCAUAACAUUUCAAACCCCACUUCUAUCUGGCUAGAAUUCCACCAAGCUGGCAGUGUCAAACGCACAACAUGGAAACAAUAACAUGUGCCCUGUGCCUCAAGAAUGCAUGUUCAUAUACUAGUUGAAAUCAAACCAGAGUCAAGUAAUUACAGUGGCUUGCGAAAGUAUUCACCCCCCUUGGCAUUUUUCCUAUUUUGUUGCCUUACAACCUGGAAUUAAAAUGGAUUUUGGGGGGGUUUGUAUCAUUUGAUUUACACAACAUGCCUACCACUUUGAAGAUGCAAAAUAUUUUUAUACAAACAAGAAAUAAGACAAAAAAAAUAAGAAAACUUGAGCGUGCAUAACUAUUCACCCCUCCAAAAUCAAUACUUUGUAGAGCCACCUUUUUGCAGAAAUUACAGCUGCAAGUCUCUUGGGGUAUGUCUCUAUAAGCUUGGCACAUCUAGCCACUGGGAUUUUUGCCCAUUCUUCAAAGGCCAAACUGCUCCAGCUCCUUCAAGUUGGAUGGGUUCCGCUGGUGUACAGCAAUCUUUAAGUCAUACCACAGAUUCUCAAUUGGAUUGAGGUCUGGGCUUUGACUAGGCCAUUCCAAGACAUUUAAAUGUUUCCCUUUAAACCACUCAAGUGUUGCUUUAGCAGUAUGGUUAGGGUCAUUGUCCUGCUGGAAGGUGAACCUCCGUUCCAGUCUCAAAUCUCUGGACGACAGAAACAGGUUUCCCUCAAGAAUUUCCCUGUUUUUAGCGCCAUCCAUCAUUCCUUCAAUUCUGACCAGUUUCCCAGUCCCUGCCAAUGAAAACAUCCCCACAGCAUGAUGCUGCCACAACCAUGCUUCACUGUGGGGAUGGUGUUCUCGGGGUGAUGAGAGGUGUUGGGUUUGCGCCAGACCUAGAGUUUUCCUUGAUGGCCAAAAAGCUCAAUUUUAGUCUCAUCUGACCAGAGUACCUUCUUCCAUAUUUUUGGGGAUUCUCCCACAUGGCUUUUGGCGAACACCAAACGUGUUUGCUUUUUUUUUUCUUUAAGCAAUGGCUUUUUUCUGGCCACUCUUCUGUAAAGCCCAGCUCUGUUGAGUGUUUGGCUUAAAGUGGUCCUAUGGACAGAUACUCCAAUUUCCGCUGUGGAGCUUUGCAGCUCCUUCAGGGUUAUCUUUGGUCUCUUUGUUGCCUCUCUGAUUAAUGCCCUCCUUGCCUGGUCCGUGAGUUUUGGUGGGCGGCCCUCUCUUGGCAGGUUUGUUGUGGUGCCAUAUUCUUUCCAUUUUUUUAUAAUGGAUUUAAUGGUGCUUAGUGGGAUGUUCAAAGUUUCGGAUAUUUUUUUAUAACCCAACCCUGAUCUGUACUUCUCCACAACUUUGUCCCUGACCUGUUUGGAGAGCUCUUUGGUCUUCAUGGUGCCGCUUGCUUGGUGGUGCCCCUUGCUUAGUGGUGUUGCAGACUCUGGGGCCUUUCAGAACAGGUGUAUAUAUACUGAGAUCAUGUGACAGAUCAUGUGACACUUAGAUUGCACACAGGUGGACUUUAUUUAACUAAUUAUGUGACUUCUGAAGGUAAUUGGUUGCACCAGAUCUUAUUUAGGGGCUUCAAAGCAGAGGGGAUGAAUACAUAUGCAAGCACCACUUUUCCGUUAUAUAUUUUUUAGAAUUUUGUGAAAACUAAUAUUUUUUUAAUUUCAUUUCAGCAAUUUGGACUAUUUUGUGUAUGUCCAUUUCAUGAAAUCCAAAUAAAAAUCAAUUUAAUUUACAGGUUGUAAUGCAACAAAAUAGGAAAAACGCCAAGGGGGAUGAAUACUUUUGCAAGGCACUGUAUGUCAAAGUACUUGAUGUGUGCUUGAUUUAGCUUUGAGUUUGCACUUUUGUGACUGUUUCAUUCGUUCCAUUAUGCAAGGCAAGCUAAAGUAAACACAGCUGAUUGAAACUAACAAAGCAGAUAUGUAUUGUGAUGAAAACAUAUGACCUACAAGCAACAUGCCUUUGAUUGAAGCACAAUUUAUCUGUCCAUUGUUGAUUCUCAAGUUGCAGGAUGAGAGGAAGACAAGGAAUGGAGACAAAGAGACCUUCAUUGAAACAACUCCUCACUGCAAUCUAACCCCGAACAAACCAUACAUCCUCUCCACAAAUAUUACGCAUGGAUAUAGGAUCAACCCAACAGUAAUAUCUAUAAGCCAUAAAGAGAUUCCAACUUUAGAUAUUUAUUUAGCUGUGACCUCAGUAUAUUCACAUUACAUGUAAGAUCGUAGAAACUGACUCUUGCUUUUUGUGUUCCAGACAGCAGCAUUUGUGGAUUUCCAGUCCGAUGAAAACUACUCCAACACAUUUCAGUUGUUCUUAGAAACUAUAAUUAAAGAAGUUGAACUUCUUCUGAAAGAAAAGGAAGGUGAUGAACUUGUAUGGAACAGACUUGUCUGGUUGCCAGGUAACAGACAUUCAGAGCUCAAAUCCAAUCAAAUGAAGUCAGACCUGUUGUACUGUUACAUGUUUUUAGUUCUCUUACAGCGUUAUUGUUAUUGAACUAUGAUGUCAUUAUAUCAUAUGAUUAUGGUUGGUUAUAAUGAAUAUACCUUUUUUCAGAUAGUAAAACACCAUCUCUUUUCAUCCUCACCAACAGAACUCACCUCUACAGGUACUGUUGACCUUCCACUGACAUUCACCAUCAAUAUAAACCUCUCAAUAACAAACUACAGAUUCACCAUCAUUAUAAACCUCUCAAUAACAAACUAAAGAUUCAUCACCAUUAUAAACCUCUCAAUAACAAACUAGAGAUUCAUCACCAUUAUAAACCUCUCAAUAACAAACUAGAGAUUCCUCACCAUUAUAAACCUCUCAAUAACAAACUAGAGAUUAACCAUCAUCAUAAACCUCUCAAUAACAAACUAGAGAUUCAUCACCAUUAUAAACCUCUCAAUAACAAACUAGAGAUUCGUCACCAUUAUAAACCUCUCAAUAACAAACUAGAGAUUCGUCACCAUUAUAAACCUCUCAAUAACAAACUAGAGAUUCGUCACCAUUAUAAACCUCUCAAUAACAAACUAGAGAUUCAUCACCAUUAUAAACCUCUCAAUAACAAACUAGAGAUUCAUCACCAUUAUAAACCUCUCAAUAACAAACUAGAGAAAGUUAAUCUUAUCAUCCUAGAUAGGAUUUUAAUACAUAAUUUCCCCCUCCCAGUUUCAGCUGUUUCCCUUGCAGCCCCUCCUGCCAACCCCUCUACCCUCCCUGGUAGAGCCUUCAUCAGAAAUCACAGGAUGGCUCUAAAGACUCGCCUGGGACUCUUACAGCCCAUAUGCCUGCGUCUCCAGGAUCGUGGGGUUCUGAUUGACGAGGAGAGGGAGGAGGUGGUCAGCAAAUCCAACAAGACCCUACAGAACCAAGCCCUGCUGGACAUGGUGGUGAGGAAGGGGGCUCGCGCCCAGGAACACAUCUACCAGGUCCUGAAGGAAGUAGAUCCCUACCUGGUCGAAGACCUGGAAGAGCAGACAGUC